UGUUGUUGUGACCGUUUACACGUAAUCAUUUUUUUGAGUUUUGCAAACUUUUUUUAGUCUCCCUAAACGCCAGGCGCUAAAGGCGCGCGUGGUUUUAUUGAAUGGUUAAGAUAUACUGCCGCACAUGUAACACGAGGCUACAAUCUGCUCGAAAACUGAAUUAGAUUGUAUCACUGCUUAUCUCCAAUAUCAAAAGGACCCGAGGGAAUAUGUGGAUUCGUUUAUGAAAACCAACGUGAAUGAAAAAUAACUAAGUUCUACCCCCAUUCCGUGGACUGUGUUAUUUUUUUUUUCUUAACCAGCAAUGAAGAUGCAUUUUUUACUGAUUGCAUGCAUAUCUGCAACUUUCCUUUUUGCGUCCGGUGUACCAGUUUCUGAAGAAUUGAUAACGGACGAGGCGAAAGCCAUCGAGUUCUUAGAAUGGUACAACAAGGAAUCUUCUAAAGUAACAUAUUCAUAUUUCUUAAAACAGUGGGCAUAUCAAACAAACCUAACGGACUUUAACCAACAACAAGCGGUAAACAAAGAUUUAGUAAAAUCGAAGUUUGUCAAUGAUGCCAUCAGGAACGCUUCUCGGUACAACUGGCAGGUGUUUUCUAAUAAGACCGUCAAACGGAUGUUCUGGAAAAUUACAAACGUCGGUCCAGCGGCGCUUAGCGAUCCGGGAAAAGUAAAAAGGCUAGGGGCCGUGCAGAGCGAGAUGGAGAAGAUAUACAGCCAAGCCUUAGUAUGUAACGUUACCAACAGCAGCUGUAUCGAUAUGGAAUUCGGAUUAACCCCCAUCAUGGCCAACAGCAGGGACUACGAUACGUUACUGAGAGCCUGGAAGGGUUGGAGGGAUGAAACGGGGAAAAAGAUAAGGACCCAGUAUACUGAAUAUGUCCAGCUCAACAAUGAAGGCGUGCGAGAGGCCCCUGGGGGAUUUGAAGAUAUGGGAGAAUAUCUGCGUGGGUGGUAUGAAUCACCCGAUCUAGAGAUGCACUUGGGGGGACUUCUGAAACAGCUGCAACCUUUGUACUCCCAACUACACGCCUAUGUCAGGGCCAGGCUACAGAAGCAUUAUCCCCAGCAUCGCUUCCCAAAGUCAGGGCACAUACCUGCUCAUAUCCUGGGUAAUAUGUGGGCCCAAAACUGGGAAAACAUAUACGGCAUCGUGCAACCCUUUAAAGACAAACCGGAAAUAGAAGUAACUCCUGCACUCAAAGCACAGCAUUUCAACGCAACGUCAAUAUUCCGGACUGCCGAGGACUUCUUUACCAGUCUUGGGUUGGAUCCUUUGCCGGAUAGUUUCUGGGAGAAGUCAAUGCUAUCUAGACCGACGGAUGGACGGGAGGUCAUCUGCCACCCCUCCGCUUGGGACCUAGGCAACAGCAAAGAUUUCAGGAUAAAGAUGUGUACCGCUGUUACUAUGCCAGAACUGAUAGUGGUCCACCAUGAGCUAGGGCAUGUCUGGUACUACAUGAUGUACAAGGAUCAACCCUUAGCAUUCCAGGAGGGUGCAAACCCAGCUUUCCAUGAAGCCAUUGGUGACCUGAUAGCUCUUUCGGUGUCAACCCCAGCUCAUCUGAAACAGAUAGGUCUACUGGACACAGUCAAAAAUGAUGAAGAGAGCGACUUAAAUUUCUUGAUGGCCAUGGCUCUCCGCAAGAUCGCCUUCCUGCCGUUUGGUUAUUUGAUUGACCAGUGGAGGUGGAGUGUGUUUAGUGGGAAUACGACUCAGGCUGAAUACAACAAGGAUUGGUGGGACUUGAGAUGUCGUUAUCAAGGCAUUCACCCCCCUGUGGACAGAAGCGAGGAGGAUUUUGACCCUGGAGCGAAAUACCACGUCCCCUCGGGCACACCUUACAUCAGGUAUUUUCUAAGCUACAUAAUGCAGUUCCAAUUUCACAAAGCUCUUUGUCAGGAAAAGAACCACACCGGGCCAUUGUAUACCUGUGAUAUAUACAACUCAAAAGCUGCUGGGGAUAAACUCAGAUCUGCGCUACAACUGGGCUCCUCCAAACCAUGGCCGGAGGUGAUGAAGGUUUUGACAGGUUCCCCUAAAGUCGAUGUAAGGCCGUUAAUGGAGUACUUCUCACCACUGAUAGAAUGGCUGAAGGAAACCAACGAAGAAGAAGGGAACUCCCUUGGAUGGGCCCCUCACGGCUGUCCAUCUCUCAGAACAGGGAAAGUGGAAGACGAGGAAGCGGCUAGAAAAUUCGCACAGGAAUUUAACGAUAUGGCAGAGGAUCAGUACAGCAAGGAUAUAGAGAUCAGCUGGGAAUACAACACAAACAUCACUGAUUACAACCAAAAACGAGUGGUAAAUUCCAGUGUGGAAAUCGCCGAGUUUAGGAAAGAAAUGGCGGAUCUGGCUAACCUGUAUGACUGGCACUUGUUCAAGGACGAGAAACUGAAGAGAUUGUUCUCUAGAAUCACCGACAUUGGAACCGCGGUACAGGAUGAUACAGCAAAACAAGCAAAGAUGACAGAGGUUCAAUCAGACAUGGAGUCCAUCUACAGCAAGGCCAACGUCUGUCUGAGCGACGGAUCCUGCCAUCAGAUAGAACCCGGUUUAACUAAGUUGUUGGCGACCUCAAAGAAUUACAGUCUUUUAAGCGAAGCUUGGGUUCAAUGGAGAGACGCUACAGGAAAGAAAAUGAAGUCCAAAUACCAAGAACUCGUAAAACUGAGCAAUGAGGCCAUCCGCCUUGCAGAUUUCGCAGACAUUGGAGCUUACUGGCGGAGGUGGUACGAAUCUGCGACAUUCCAACAGGAUCUGGAGAACUUAUUAAACCAGUUGCAGCCAUUGUAUGAAAAUUUACAUGCUUACGUCCGUAGGAAACUUAAGGAAGUCUACGACAGCGAUAUUGACAAGUUUCCAACAUCCGGGCACAUCCCGGCUCAUCUUCUAGGAAAUAUGUGGGCCCAAGGGUGGAACAACAUAGCAAAGUAUGUUUUGCCUUAUCCAGACAGAGAAAGCAUUGAUGUCUCGCCAAAACUAAAAGAAAAGGGCUACGAUGCCAAGAAACUGUUUAAAAUUUCGGAGGAGUUUUUCCUGUCGCUUGGCCUGAUUGGCAUGCCUGAGACUUUCUGGAAUGAUAGCAUGAUCACGAAGCCAGACGACAGGGAGGUGGUCUGCCACGCCUCAGCCUGGGACUUCUACAACAGGAAGGACUAUAGAAUAAAAAUGUGUACGGAGAUUAACAUGGAGGAUCUGAUCACCAUCCAUCAUGAGAUGGGACACAUCGAGUACUUCCUGCAGUACAAGGAACAACCUCUGGUCUACAGAGAUGGCGCCAACCCAGGAUUUCAUGAGGCUGUUGGUGACGUCAUGGCUCUUUCUGUAUCAACCCCAGAACACCUUCAUGAAAUUGGCUUGCUGGACAAGUUAGAAAAUGAUACAGAAACCGACCUAAACUUUCUGAUGUCGAUGGCUCUGGAGAAAGUCGCUUUUUUGCCGUUUGGAUAUUUGAUAGACCAAUGGCGAUGGAGUGUGUUCAGUGGGAAUACUUCAUACACAGACUACAAUAAAAAGUGGUGGGAGUUAAGAUGCAAGCACCAAGGAAUAGCUCCGCCAGUGGAAAGAACUUCUGACGAUUUUGAUCCCGGUGCAAAAUAUCAUGUUCCGGCAAAUGUUCCUUAUAUAAGAUACUUUGUGAGUUACGUCGUUCAAUUCCAAUUCCACCAAGCCUUGUGUAAAGAGGCCGGUCGGACAGACGUUCCACUACACAGGUGUGACAUCUACAGAUCCAAGGAGGCGGGCAAGAAACUCAGUGAGAUGUUGAAGUUAGGCUCUUCGGUAUCUUGGCAAGAAGCAAUGGAGAGAAUAACAGGACAGAGGGAAAUGAGCGCCAAGGCUGUGCUGGAGUAUUUCCAGCCUUUAACGGACUGGUUAAAGAAACAAAAUGAGGGAGAGGAAAUCGGAUGGACAGGUGCCUGCCCAGGCAAUGGACGGAAGAGAACUGCAGAGGUUGCCAAACAAUGGCUGAAGGAAUACAAUACGAUAGCGGAGCAAGCGCUGUACACUAUCAGUGAAGUAGAGUGGAGCUAUGCCACCAACAUUACGGACGAGAACUCCAGGAAACUUGUUGACGCCAGAUUAGUAUAUGCUAAGUUUAAUAAAGAAGCUGCUCAGAAUGCGUCUCAACUUCUGAGGGAAUUAGAUACUAGUUUAAGUCCGACGGAAAGAAGAGAAUUGAAGAAAAUUUCUACAAUAGGAACCGAUGCCCUGAAGAACGAAACCAAACUUAAACAGUUGAAUUCACUACAAUCAGAAAUAGAGGGACUGUAUGGUAAAGCCAAGGUCUGCGUUGGACACGGAAAAUGUCUACCUCUAGAACCAGAUGUGUACAAAAUUAUGGCAACUUCACGGAAUUACAGUGAAUUAGAAAUGGUUUGGAAAGGCUGGAGAGAUAACAGCGGAAGACGAAUGAAGGACAAAUAUGCUAAGUUUGUUGAUCUUAGUAACCAGGCCAUUCAAGAUCUAAACCAAGGGUUCAAAGACACUGGCGAUUAUUGGCGAUCGGCGUACGAGAGUGUCACAUUCCAGGAAGACCUGGAAAACCUUUUGACGGAGUUGAAACCACUGUAUGCUCAGCUCCAUACUUACGUCAGAAAUCAGCUUCGAUCAUUGUAUGGGGCGGAUAAGUUCCCUAGAUCUGGUCACAUCCCAGCCCAUCUCCUUGGCAAUAUGUGGGCUCAACAUUGGGACAACAUCUAUGACAUUGUGAUUCCAUUCAAAGAUAAAACAAAUGUUGACGUCACACCCACUAUGUUAGCACAGAAUUACACUGCCCUCCGCAUGUUUCGAACGUCUGAGGAGUUCUUCAAGUCUCUUGGAUUAAAGGAAAUGCCUCAACCUUUCUGGGACAAGUCAAUGAUAGUCAAACCACCAGGCCGAGAGGUUGUUUGUCAUGCAUCUGCCUGGGACUUCUAUAAUCGGAAAGAUUUUAGAAUCAAAAUGUGCACGGACAUCACAAUGGAAAACCUGAUCACCAUUCAUCAUGAGAUGGGCCACAUUCAGUAUUAUCUACAAUAUCAAGACAAGCCUGUGGAAUUCAGGGAGGGGGCCAACCCAGGUUUCCAUGAAGCUAUUGGUGACACAAUGGCGCUAUCAGUGUCAACACCAAAACAUCUUCAUAAGAUUGGCCUUUUGGAUAAGGUCCAAAAUGAUAAUGAAACUGACAUAAAUUUCUUGAUGAAAAUGGCGCUGGAGAAGAUCGCCUUCCUUCCAUUUGGUUAUCUGAUUGACCAGUGGAGAUGGAGCGUGUUCAGUGGGGAGACACCCAAAAACAGAUACAACCAGAAGUGGUGGGAACUCAGAUGUAAAUAUCAAGGUAUAUCACCACCAGUAGAUAGAACUGAGGAAGAUUUUGAUCCCGGUGCAAAAUACCACAUUCCAUCUAAUACGCCUUAUAUCAGGUACUUCGUAAGUUACGUGAUACAGUUCCAGUUCCACAAAGCUCUAUGUGAGGCAGCUGGAGAAAAUGGACCCCUACAUCAGUGUGACAUCUAUAAUUCAACAGCCGCGGGACAGAAACUUGGAGAGAUAUUACAACUUGGCUCGUCUAUACCAUGGCAGGAUGCAAUGGAACGGUUAACAGGACAGAGGAAAAUGAGCGCCAGCGCCAUUUUGGAAUAUUUCAAACCUCUUAUUGAUUGGUUAAAAAUCCAAAAUGGAAACGAUUUGGCUACUUGGGACACCGAAUGUCCAGAAUAUUUAUCAGAUGGCGAUCAACAAGCAAAAAUGUGGUUGAAUGAGUAUAACAAUUUAGCCCAGACCAAGUUUUACGAGGAAUCGGAGGUAGAAUGGACGUAUGCAACCAAUAUUACAGACGAAAACGAGAAAAAACUGGUCACAGCAAGAUUGGAGCUGGCUAAUUUUGAGAAAGAGGCAGCUCGAAAUGCAUCAGAAAUUUUACACCAAUAUAACAUGUCCAGGAUCACUGAGAGUGGUCGACGGUUGUUUGGAAUUUCUAAUAUUGGUACAAGCGCACUCAAGAAUCAAACGGUGCUCCAAAAAUUAAACACGCUUCAAUCUGAAAUAGAGGGCAUAUAUGGUAAAGCAAAAUUUUGUCCUGAAGGAAACUCUACAUGUCUUUCUUUGGAACCUGACUUGUACAGAAUAAUGUCGACCUCGAGGAACUUUACGGAGCUUCAAACAAUCUGGAAAGGAUGGAGGGACGUCAGUGGCAAGAAGAUGAAAGAAAAGUACGCCGAGUUUGUAGAACUGAGUAACCAAGGAAUUAAGGAGCUUGAUUUAGGGUAUAAAGAUACAGGGGAUUAUUGGAGAGUUGCGUAUGAAAGUGAAACUUUCAGGGAGGAUCUUGAACAACUUCUGGAAAAACUCAAACCACUAUAUCAGGAACUUCACACAUACGUACGGAAGAAGCUACGAAACUUGUAUGGAGAUAAAAACUUUCCAAACUCGGGACAUAUUCCGGCUCACCUAUUGGGAAAUAUGUGGGCUCAAGAGUGGCAAAACAUAUAUGACCUUCUAAUCCCAUUCAAAAGCAAAACGAACGUUGAUAUUACACCUGCAUUGAAAUCCAACAAUUACACGGCCCUCCGCAUGUUUCGAACGGCCGAGGAGUUCUUUACGUCUCUUGGAUUAAAGGAAAUGCCCCAGACAUUCUGGGACAAGUCUAUGAUAGUCAAACCACCAGGCCGGGACGUUGUUUGUCAUGCGUCCGCAUGGGACUUCUAUAACCAAAGGGAUUUUAGAAUCAAGAUGUGCACUGACGUCACAAUGGAGGACCUGAUUACAGUUCAUCAUGAAAUGGGUCACAUUCAGUACUACCUACAAUAUAAAGACCAGCCUCUCAUCUACAGGGGUGGUGCCAAUCCAGGGUUCCACGAGGCUAUCGGGGAUACUAUGGCUUUGUCGGCAUCAACCCCUCAACAUUUACAUAAAAUAGGACUAUUAACUAAUAUUGAAAAUGAUGAAGAGACAGACCUGAAUUACUUAAUGAAGAUGGCGCUAGAAAAGAUCGCUUUCCUUCCAUUUGGUUAUCUGAUUGACCAGUGGAGAUGGAGUGUGUUUAGUGGAGAAACAUCACCAGAUAACUAUAACGAGAAAUGGUGGGCAUUAAGAUGCAAAUACCAAGGAAUUUCUCCGGCAGUCACAAGAACAGAGGAGGACUUCGAUCCCGGUGCAAAAUAUCACAUUCCUUCUAACACACCAUAUAUCAGGUACUUUGUAAGUUUCGUGAUACAGUUCCAGUUCCACAAAGCUCUGUGUGAGGAGGCGGGUCAAACAGGCCCACUAUACCAGUGUGACAUCUACCAAUCAAAAGCGGCAGGCACAAAACUCGGAGAUAUGCUAAAGCUAGGGUCCUCGCAACCUUGGCAACAUGCGAUGGAGAAGUUGACAGGGCAACGGAAAAUGGACGUUGGGCCGUUGAUAGAGUACUUCAGUCCAUUGUUGGAGUGGCUUAAAGUCCAAAAUCAAAACGAAUCAGGUGGAUGGAUGGAGGAGUGUCCAAGCUUCUUGACUAAAGUGGAUAUGGAGACUGCCAAGCAGUGGCUGAAACAGAAUAACGAGAUAUCGCAAAUAGAGCGAAGCAAAGAGGGAGAGGUGGAAUGGGCAUACGCUACUAAUAUCACUGAUGAAAAUUCCAAAAGAGAGGUAGAAGCACGGUUGGAACUUGCUAAAUAUAAGAAACGUUCAGCUAAAGAAGCCUCAUACCUUUUGCGUGUUCUAAACAUUCCAAAAUCCACUUUGAUGGGGCGUGAGUUGUACAAGGUGUCAAAUAUUGGAACAAGUGCCCUUUCUGAUAAGUCAAAGUUGAGAAAGCUGAACGGCCUGCAGUCUGAUAUUGAAGGAAUAUACGCAAAAGCACAAGUUUGCGUAUCUAAUGAUACCUGUUUAUCGCUAGAGCCAGAUAUCUCUAGAAUCAUGUCUUCCUCGAGAAAUUAUACCGAGUUAUCAAUGAUUUGGAAAGGAUGGAGAGAUGCUAGUGGAAAGAAAAUGAAAGACAAAUAUGCUGAAUUUGUGAAACUGAGUAAUGAAGGAAUUCAGGAACUAAAUAUGGGUUUUAACGAUACCGGCGCAUACUGGAGAUCCGCAUACGAAACUCCAACUUUUCAAGAAGAUCUAAAACAACUGCUAGAACAGUUAAAACCUUUAUAUCAAGAGCUCCAUACAUACGUUCGGAAGCAAUUAAGAAAGCAAUACGGCACAGAGCUGUUCCCUGUCUCAGGCCAAAUUCCUGCUCAUUUACUUGGAAACAUGUGGGCACAACAAUGGAAUAAUAUUUAUGAUUUGGUGAUACCAUAUAAAAACAAGGCGAAGAUAGAUAUAACUCCUGUUCUUAAGGAAAAAAAUUAUACUGCUCUGCAAAUGUUCAGGACUGCAGAGGAAUUUUUCAAGUCACUUGGUUUAAAACCUAUGCCUGAAACAUUUUGGAACAAGUCUAUGAUAGUCAAACCAGAAGGGCGGGACGUUGUUUGUCAUGCGUCCGCAUGGGAUUUCUAUAACCAAAGGGACUUUAGAAUAAAAAUGUGCACUGACGUCACUAUGGAGGAUUUGAUUACUAUUCACCAUGAAAUGGGACACAUUCAGUACUAUCUUCAAUACAAAGACUUGCCUGUCGCCUUUAGAAGGGGGGCUAAUCCAGGAUUCCACGAAGCAAUUGGUGAUACCAUGGCUCUAUCUGUGUCGACGCCAAAACAUUUACAUAAGAUUGGAUUUCUGAAAAAUCUCACAAACGAUAAAGAAUCAGACUUAAAUUUCUUGAUGAAAAUGGCGCUGGAGAAGAUUGCCUUCCUUCCGUUCGGUUAUCUGAUCGACCAGUGGAGAUGGAGUGUGUUCAGUGGGGAGACACCAAAAGAGAGAUAUAACCAGAAGUGGUGGGAACUCAGGUGUAAAUACCAAGGGAUAACUUCCCCAAUGCCCAGAACAGAAGAUGAUUUUGAUCCAGGAGCUAAAUACCACAUUCCAUCCAACACACCAUAUAUAAGGUACUUUGUGAGUUUCGUGAUACAGUUCCAAUUCCACAAAGCUUUGUGUGAGGCGGCAGGAGAAAGCGGACCCCUACAUCAGUGUGACAUCUACCAGUCAAAGGCAGCUGGAGAAAAACUGAGAAAUUUGCUUAAAGUUGGUUCUUCUAAACCCUGGCCAGAGGUAAUGAAGGAAUUAACAGGCCAGUCCAAAAUGGAUGCGAUAGCAAUAUUGGACUAUUUCAAGCCUCUGCAGCAAUGGUUAGAAGAGCAAAACCAAGGAGAAGAAAAGGGGUGGGAAACCAAUUGCAAUAGUUUUACCCAUGGAGAACUGUUCGGUUACUGGUUGAAUAAUUAUGAAGACAAUGCAAAGCGUGUUUUCCAUGAUAUGAUGAAAACAACGUUUGAUUAUGAAUCAAAUAUGACUGAACACAACAAAAACAAAAAGACAGAGGCCAUACUUAAAUUGUCGGAAUUUAGGAAAGAAGCAUACGACUACGUCAGACACAUUGAUAUUCCAAACAUUAAGAACGAGCGCCACCGCCGGCUGUUUGGAAAGAUAAAAGAUAUAGGGACCGGGGCUCUGAAAAACGUUGAUGAUUUGAAAAAGAUGGAGGAACUACAGUCAGAAAUGAUAAAUAUAUACAGUACUGCGAAGGUGUCAGUUAAUGGACAAGUACAGGAACUUGAACCAGGAUUAACAAAGAUCCUGACCGAUUCCUCUGAUCCAAACGAACUUCUCCAAGCAUGGAAGGGUUUCAGAGACGCCGUUGGUCGCAAAAUUAGGCCGUUGUAUACUGAAUAUGUCUACCUUGCAAAUAAAGCAAUCAAAGAGCUUGGUUAUAAAGACUAUGGUCAGUGGGAAAGACGCUCAUUUGACUCCGAGACCUUACCAGCAGAUGUUGAAAACAUUCUUCAAGAUAUGAUGCCGAUGUACCGAAAAAUACAUGCCUAUGCGAAAAUGAAACUCAAGAGUAUCUUUGGUGCUGACAUCUUUCCGGCAACUGGGCAUAUUCCAGCUCAUUUGCUCGGUAAUAUGUGGGCCCAGAAGUGGGACAAUAUUUACCGACUGCUUCAGCCUUUUAAAAAUAAAGAAAUAAUUGAUGUUACCGGAGCUUUGGUCAAACAGAAUUACACUGUAGAAAGAAUGUUUCAAACGGCAGAGAGCUUCUUUAUGUCUCUUGGAAUGGAAAAAAUGACGGGAAAGUUCUGGAAAAACUCCAUGAUUAGGAAGCCCAGGGACAGGAACGUCCUCUGUCACGCAGCCGCUUAUGACAUGUUUGACACAGACGACUUCAGGAUAAAGAUGUGUACGGUGAAGACUCACGAGAGCCUUAUCGUGAUUCACCACGAGAUGGGUCACAUUCAGUACUUCAUGAACUAUGAGAAUCAAUCCGUGCAUUUCAGAGACGGUGCUAACCCAGGUUUCCACGAGGCGAUUGGUGACACUAUAUCGUUGUCCGUUCAGACACCCGGCCAUCUCAGCAAGAUAGGGCUUCUGGAUAGUAAUGAAAACAGCGAAGAAGCAGAUUUGAAUUUCUUGAUGAAGAUGGCACUAGAGAAGGUUGUUUUUAUGCCGUUUGCCUUUAUAAUGGACAAUUGGAGGUGGAGUGUAUAUAAUCGAGACACUCAUCCGGAUGAUUUUAACAGUAAAUGGUGGCAACUAAGGUGUAAAUAUCAGGGAAUCUCUCCGCCAGUCCGAAGAACAGAGGGCGACUUUGAUCCAGGGGCAAAAUAUCACAUUCCAGCUAAUUAUCAGUACAUUUCGUAUUUUAUGAGUCAUGUCAUGCAGUUCCAAUUCCAUAAAGCCCUCUGCAAUGCCUCCGGUCAUACGGGUCCUCUGCAUACGUGUGAUAUUUAUAAUUCUAAGAAAGCUGGAAAGUUACUCGGUGAUACACUAAAACUAGGUUCAUCCGUUCCUUGGCCAGACGCAAUGGAGAAACUGACUGGUCAGCGUAAGGUUGAUAUUGGUCCCCUUCUGGAGUAUUACAAACCGCUGAUGGAUUGGCUAGAAAAAGAGGUCAAGGACGAAGACUGGACGGAUGAGUGCCCACAUUUUCCAGAACCAACACCGUCGCCUCAUAUAAACAGUGGCUUGUCUCUGCAUUCAUCCGAACUAAUUGUUUUGAAAGGAAAAGUGUUGUCUUUAAUAUUAACAAUAUUUUUGUAUCUUUGAGAGUGCAUAAUCCUAAUUAUUGUAUAGGAUAUAUAUGCAAGAUUUUCUAUAAAACGAUUUUAUUUUUUAUAAAAAAUGAUGAAAGUCUUGAAGAUCA